CGGUUGGUUAAGGAACCUCAGUGAUUUUAAUUCUGUUGCACUGGAUUUGGUUGCUGAAUGCGCCCCCAUUUCCCUCUUGUGUGGUCCGAGACUGGGUGGUGUGAGAAAGCGGGCUGGGGUCACGUAUUAACCCCUGUCACCAGGGUGAGGGCCGUGGUGCCUUGCGGCGUGGGGGAGACAAAGUCAUGCUGGCGGGAGACGCGGAAUAGGAUCUUGCUUUGGGGAGCUCUGUUUCUUAACCGCCUUAAUGCUCAGCCAUGUCGCCGGCUGCAGGUGCAGCCCAGGCUUCUGUGUCGGUCUCCCUGUUUGACCUCAAGGCGUAUACUCCGGUCCUUCAGGGCCUGCGCCUGGUGAGCCACGCUCCCGGGGAGGCUCUGUCCCAGGCUCUGCAGAUUUCCUGUCCAGGUUCAGGGGAGAGAAUAAGCCCAGAAAGAAAACCACUCCAGGGUCCUCUGGAUAUUUCAGAGAAGUUGUUUUGUUCAACCUGUGACCAGACCUUCCAGAACCACCAGGAACAGAGGGAACAUUAUAAGCUUGACUGGCAUUGGUUUAACCUAAAGCAGCAUCUCAAGGACAAGCCUCUCCUGUCUGCCCUGGACUUUGAAAAGCAGAGCUCCACAGGAGAUCUUUCCAGCAUCUCAGGAUCAGAAGACUCGGACUCAGCCAGUGAGGAGGACUUGCAGAUACUGGAUGAGGAGAGGGCUGAGUUUGAGAAGCCUAACCGACCCCGAGGCUUGCGCCCCCAUUGGGUUCUUUUCCAAAAUGCCCAGGGCCAGUUUCUUUAUGCCUAUUGCUGUGUCCUAGGCCCUCGCCAGGUGCCCCCAGAAGAAUCAGAACUGCUGCUACGGAACCUGCAAAGUGGAGGUCCCAGGGACUGCGUGGUGCUCAUGGCUGCCGCUGGGCACUUUGCUGGUGCUGUUUUCCAAGGACAAGAAGUGUUGACACACAAAACCUUUCACCGCUGCACAGUGUGGGCCAAGUGGGGCACAGCCCAGGGGCUUCGGGAUGCCCAGGGUGCGGCUUCCCGCUCUGCUGGAGCCAACCUGAGGCGCUACAGUGAAGACAUGCUAUAUAAGGAUGUUCGCGACCUGCUGGCAGGGCCAGACUGGGCUAAGGUGCUGGAGAAGGCUGGGGCCAUACUGAUGCGUUCACCCAGCUCUGGCCGGUCCUUGUUCUUUGGAGGCCAUGAGGCUCCCCUGCAACGUGGGGAUCCCUCACUUUGGGAUAUCCCCCUCGCUAGCCGCAGACCCACCUUCCAAGAGCUACAGCGUGUGCUCCAUAAGCUGACCACCUUGCAUGUCCAUGGAGAAGACCCCCGGGAGACAAGUCGGUUGGAUUUACCUCAGACAUACUGGAAGACAGUGAGAGAAAGGAAGGCCAUUGAGGAAGAAAGAAAGGUCCGCAGUGAUGAACAUGAGGCACUCGGGCGGAAUGAGGAAGCUCCCAAACAGGGUUCAGAGUCAGAGGGAGAGGAUGGCUCCCAGGUAGAGUUGGAGCUAGCAGAGGUGACACUGGGGACACUGGAUCUUCGUGAAUUUGAGGGACUGGACUCCCGGACCCAGCCACCGUACACAGCUGCAGCUGACAAGUCAACACGUGAUGAGUUCCGGAGGUUCAUGGAGAAGAAUCCAGAUACUUAUGAUUACAGCAAAGCUCAGGUGCCAGGGCCACUGACAGCAGAAAUGGAGGUGCGGCAGGCCGCUCGGAAAAGGGGGCGGAAGGCAGCCCGGCGGCCCCGGGAGGAGCGGCCCCGGGAGGAGCGGCCCCGGGAGGAGCGGCCGGAGCAGGUGGGAGCCAGAGAGCAGCGGAGAUUUGCUGCUCUCAGCGACUGAGAGAAGGGAGCUCUGGCUGCAGAGCGCCGACUGGCUGCCCAUUUGGGAGCCCCUACCCCUCAGGUCGCCGACCCUGCCAUCAUCAAUGUUCGACGCCACUGGAGCUGUGGGACAUCCCUCCAAGGCCUCAUAGUCCCUUUCACUACUUUGACUUCUUUCCGCUCCACACGCUGCCUCCAGGAUCAUCGCUGUCGGGCUGGGAAGCCCUCUUCCUGAUCUCUUACAGCUCCACCUGGG